CUCCAGAAAAAGAGAGUGUGAAAUUGCAAAUCUCAUCAAUCGCAGACAAAGACCUGCUGAGGGAGCUUCCAAGCUUCGAGCUUUCUGAAGCACAUGUCGUCCAGAGCAUCGCUCCGGCACCACUUGCACUUUGGGUUCUGGGAGCACUGAGAUCUGGAUGCCAUGCCGCUGCACUUUGGGAUCUGGCGGCUGGAGUUGCUUCUCUGGACGCCGGAUAAUCGCCGGACUGACGGCGGCGUGGGCGACGCGGACGAGGGUGGCAGUACAAGUAGAAAGACGAACAGCAAGAUCACGAAGGAGACGGCGCCAGAAUCGAUUGGCCGCAUCUUUUCCUAGAUUAAAAAUUUACCAAAUUCUUGACUUGGGUAGGACUUGAAAGUUGAAAUCCAGAGGCUUUCCGAUUUCCCCCGAGCUAAAAUACUCGUUUCAAUGGACUCGUGUCCUUCUGUAAUCCAUGGAAAUUUUCACGGUAGCUGCCCUGGCGCUGCCGGAUUGAUGCUACUGCGCCUUUUUGAGUAAGCCGAAAGGGACAUUCUCCUUUUCUUCCGUCCUUUUCUCUCGAGAAAGAUAAGAGAAAGGAAGCGACGCCGUUUCAAUGGAGGCGGAGAGAAAAAGAGAGAGGAGAGAGAGAAGCGUAGACGUAAGCAAGACGUAAGUCAGGAGGAUGGAAUAGAACACGGCAAAGCCAAAGGCCCAUUACUUGGCCAAACUCGAUUCAAUAAGCAAUCCAUCAUCUCAAAAAAUUUGCCGAUUGGGACAACGGUGGCGAGAAAUAUUUGCAAAUUUUCUUCUCUCCGAUACCAAAUGGGUGUAUGAGGAAUUGAAGACCUGUAAUUCAGAUUUCAUCCAUAGAUGGAGGGUGGCGGCGGGAGCUGGGGUUCGUAUCCUCGAUUUCAAGGAAUCGAGGGUUUGGAGUCUACUGAGGUUUCUGCUUUUUCCCGCCGUGAUCAACCUACCCCAUCCUCGGAGUUUAAUUCCAGUCCGGACAAUGGACGACUUGAAAAUCUGAAGCAUCAUGAUGUAAACGGUACUGGAGCUGGACAAAGUAGCCUAGGGAAGACUGAAUUGGAAGACGCCGAUAUUGGACUAAGGAAUGACGAGAGAACUGAAUCAAAUGCUGGGCUUCAGAAGCAAGGGAAAUACUUCUAUUAUGACUUACCUCACUAUGAGGAAACUGGGCCAUGGAUACCAGUUUCUGUUCCACCUAGGUUAGAAGGAGAACAGGAAGAAUUAGAUAGAGAUUUCUGCCCAAAUGGUGGAUAUUUGCCUGAAAGUGACUUGGGAUGGAGUCAAUUCAUGGGAGGGGAAAAGGAGCUGACCAUGUGGGAUGUAGUACACGAGCUGUUACUUGCUGCUCGUGGUAAAGUGACUGCUAUUGCUUCGGGCGAUCUUCAGAAAUGUAGCAUUUCCUGGAUAUCAAACAAUCUUCUAGAACAAGCUUGGCAAGAGAUGGCUCAAACUCUUACGGAGGCUAAUUUUGGUAACCUGAGGGAAAUUCUUGAAGCCGAGCCACCACGGUGGUUGGCUGACAGCACUGCCUCUUCCUGUAUGCUCUGUGGUGUGAGGUUUCAUCCAAUCAUGUGCUCGAGACACCAUUGCAGGUUCUGUGGAGGAAUAUUCUGUGGUCAGUGCUCAAAAGGAAGGAGCUUGAUGCCAACAAAGUUCCGCACCGGGAAUCCCGAACGCGUAUGCGAUGUCUGCAAUGUAAGGCUCGAGUCGGUCCAACCAUAUUUGAUGGAUCAAGUUAGCCAUGCUGCCCAGUUGCCAACCCAUGACUUGACAGAUCUCAGCACAUUGAGAUCAUGGGUUAAUUUCCCCUGGGGGCAGUCGAUGGAGUAUGAAAUUUAUAAAGCAGCAAACACUAUUAAGGGCUACAAUAAGGUGGGUCGCCUAAAAGCCGAGAAGUCCAUACCAGACAGAAUCUUACGUCAAGCAAAAGGCCUAGCAAUAAUCACAGUUGUAAAAGUGGGAGUGAUGGUUACCUACAAUAUUGGAACAGGCCUGGUAAUUUCUCGAAGACAAGACGGUUCAUGGUCGCCACCAUCAGCCAUAUCUUCGUUUGGCAUGGGAUGGGGAGCUCAGGCAGGAGGUGAAUUGACGGACUUCAUAAUUGUGCUGAGAACGAGGGAAGCUGUGAAGACAUUUUGUGGGAACGCUCAUCUUUCGUUUGGCGCUGGUGUGAGUGCAGCAGCUGGAGCAUUUGGCCGAGUUGUCGAAGCUGAUCUAAGAGCUGGAGAUGGUGGUUAUGCUGCUUGUUAUACCUACAGCUGUAGUAAAGGAGCCUUCGUGGGCUGCUCGCUUGAAAGCAGCAUGGUUACCACACGGACGAAAGAGAACGCCAGGUUCUACGGGAGCCAAUCUUUAUCAACAUCAGACAUACUGCUCGGCCCUCUGCCCAGACCACCUGCUGCCGCCAUUCUCUAUCGCACGCUGGACGAUCUGUAUCAGAAGCUCACCGACUAAUAGCAGCCCGAAUGAGCGAAAAUGAAGAACUCAACAGAGGAAUAAUAGCCCAGUUCCUGCAAAAUGUUCUAAUUGCAUCUCUUUCUUCCCCCCCAGAUGAUCAUAUCAUUUGAUUGUAAAGCGGUCCUUUUUUUUCCCUAUUUUCCCACCACCAUUCUUAAAUGCUCCAGGAUGCAUGAAAGUGAUCCGGCAGUACUGGAAAACAGAAUCAAAUAUGUACAGUACAGAUUUAUGUAUAGAAAGGAUAUUAUCAUUCGUGGGAAUCUUCUCGUUCUUCAUUGAUGGCUUAGGAGCUAGUAGUAUAUCAAUGGCGGAUUCAAAUCAUUAACAAUCCCGGGCAGCUAAAAAAAAGGGAAGGGAAC